UUGUGAAAGCGUGCAUCAGUUUCCUGGAAGAGGAGUCUUAUCUCUAACCCAUGUAUCCUAUAAAUGAGGACCAUCUUGGCUGACCAAGAACAGUAAGGGGACCUUGGUGCUUCCACUGACUUUAACCCAAUGGCUUCCUCUUCUUCCAUAGCUCUCCUAUUGCUUCUCUCUUCACUUGCAGUCUUCUGUACACUAUCAGAAGCCGAGAGCUCUCCUCCCAUAGUGAAGGGCCUGUCAUGGAGCUUCUACGAGUCCAGCUGCCCAAAGCUGGAGCUCAUCGUGGGUAACUACUUGAAGAAUGCCUUCCAGAAGGACAUCGGCCUCGCCGCCGGCCUCCUUCGAGUCCACUUCCACGACUGCUUCGUCCAGGGGUGUGAUGCGUCGGUGUUAUUGGAUGGGUCGGCGAGCGGGCCGGGGGAGCAGCAGGCGCCGCCCAACCUGACGCUGAGGCCGGCGGCGUUCAAGGCCAUCAACGAACUCCGGGCUCUUAUAGACAAGCAAUGUGGUCGGGUCGUCUCCUGCGCCGACGUCGCCGCUCUCGCUGCCCGUGACUCCGUCCACCUGUCCGGUGGGCCUAACUACCCCGUUCCCUUAGGCCGCCGUGACGGCCUCAACUUCGCCACCCAGCAAGCCACCCUCGCCAGCCUCCCUGCCCCCUUCUCCAACGUCACCGUCCUCCUCUCAGCCUUGGCCAAGCUCAAACUCGACUCCACCGACCUCGUCGCCCUCUCCGGCGGCCACACCAUCGGCAUCGGCCACUGCACCUCCUUCGACAACCGCCUCUUCCCCACCCAGGAUCCCAUCAUGGACAAGACCUUCGCCAACUCCCUCCGCCGCACCUGCCCGGCCAAGAACACCGUCAACACCACCGUUCUCGAUAUCCGGUCCCCCAACACCUUCGACAACAAGUACUACGUCGAUCUCAUGAACCGGCAAGGCCUCUUCACGUCGGACCAGGACCUGUACACCGACUCCAGGACCCGGUCUAUCGUCACGAGCUUCGCCGUGAACCAGGCUUUGUUCUUCGAGAAGUUUGCGUCGGCCAUGAUCAAAAUGGGGCAGCUGAGCGUACUGACGGGGACGCAGGGGGAGAUCCGGGCCAACUGCUCGGCACGCAAUGCUGGGUCACGGAGUGGGGUGUUGGAGUCUUUGGUGGACGGAGAAGGGGAGAUGGCUGUGUUUUAGGCUGCACGUGUGAUGUAGCACGUGUAAUGGGACGUAAUAAUAUUGUAUGCUUUUUGUGUACGUGUUUGUCUUGUAAGAUGUUUGGUCUAAGAGGUAGAAAUGGUGUGGAAAUGGACAGCAUGUUCAGGUUUGGACCAUAUAUGAGCAUUGGUGUGUUCAGGUUUGUAUGCUUUCUGCUUUUUCUUUGUUUUUGGAAUUAGGUUGCUCAAUAAGAGAAUUGGAAGUGAUGUAAUUUUACUAGACUAAAACAUUAAUGAGGUUUUGGCAUGAACA